AUGGGAAGGAAGGAAAAUAUAUAGGUUAAAAUUCAAUUAAGAGGAGGAAAAAUUGAAGAGAACAGAAAUUGCAAGCAUAGUAUUUUACCAAUUUUGAUUUUUAAAGCUAUACUGAUGGCGGCACAAAACUAAUUAUUUAAUUAAAUUUAUAAACCAUAGAUGAUGGAAAAAGUGAAAGAUUUUAUUUGUUCCAUGAAACAUUAACUACCAAUUAGUAUGGUUGUUCUAGAUCAUAAAUGUGAACAAAAUAAAAGAUUGUUAUGCCGCCAAUGUUUUGGGUAUUAAGAUUCAGAUGUGAAGAAGGUAGAAUUUGAAAAACUCAUCUAAACGAUCGAAGAUGAUAAGAAGAUAUAAUUAGAAAACUUGGAAACUAUGAUUGAACCAAUGAUAAAAAAAAUUUAGUCACUUUUAGAUCAUCUAUAUACUUUGAAGAAUUUUCUAGUUUUAAAUUAGAUCAAAUUAUGGACAUCUCAUAGAAUUGGAUAUCAAAUUUAUAAUCAUUAGGUUUAAGGUUAUAAGAGUAUAGUCUCUUUAAAGAAUUAGACAUCAUAACCAUGAAUUAAAAAUCAAAUGAAAGUGAUUAGAUUUAUCAAAAUAACGUACUUACAUUAUCUUUCAUGAAAAAAUCCAAAUAGUUUAUAUUAGGAGAUGAGGGUGGAUCUAUUAUAAUUUGGUCAAGCAAUAACAAUAAUUAAUGGAAUUGUUCAUAAACAAUUUAAGCACAUAAUAAGUCGAUUCGAUACUUAAUUUUGAAUAAUAAAGAAGAUCUAUUUAUAUCAAGUAGUGCAGAUGAAACUAUAAAAUUUUGGGUUAAACAAAAUGAUUGGAUCUGUUCAUAAACUAUCACAGAUCAUAAUGAUAAUGAUAAUAUCUAUUAAUUAAGUUUAAUUAUUAAGAAAAUAAAGUUAUUUCUUGUGGAACUGAUAAUUAAUAUUAGUAAUUGAGUACUCUGAAUUAAAUAAAAAGUGGAUUGUUAUUUAAAAUAUUAAAGUUGAAGAAAUGGGAUAUCGUAUCUGCUUUAUCAACAAUAAUUAAUUCAUCUUUCAACCUGCAAUAAGCAAUUUAAUGCAUGUCUGCGAAAUCAAUAAUAUAUCUAAAUAGUUCGCUAAAACUAAAGAUAUUGUUGUUAAUCAAUAUUUUAUUAGAAAUUCAGGUGGGUUAUUUCCAUAAUAAAUUUAUGAAAUAAAAAUAAUUAUUAGUGAGAAGCUGAUCAAUUUGAAGUGGAGUAAUCUAUUCUAUUUGACAGUGAAAUUAUAUAUGGGUAAAUGA